UAUUGUGUCAGCGCUGCCGCCGCCGUCUCAGCUGAUGGGUCGGGACACACGCUCGCGCUCGCGGUCGGCUGGUCGCAGGCGCCGCAGGCAACGGAGCGGGAGUCGGAGCCGAAGUCGAAGCGGGAGCCAUGGACGGCGAAGCCGCCGGCGCCGGGACGACGAAGUACGGCGCAGGCGGAGGCGGCAGAGCCGGGAGCGCAGGUCAGAUUCGGAGGAAGAAAGGUGGCAGCGACGAAGGAGGCCAAGCCCGAGCCCACUGCCACCACGAUGGCGCUCACAGGACCGGUCCUCUCAGUCCGACUCGGAUGAGGAACGGCAGGAGCAGCAGCGGCGCCGAUGGGCCCGCCGGCGACGGACACGUUCUUGGUCCCCGGGCUCCUCGGCAUCCAGCUCGGCCUCCCCAGACCGCUCCCAGAGCCCUCGGGAGGCGGCGGCAGCCCUGAGCCAGCAGCAGAGCUUGCAGGAGCGGCUGCGGCUGCGGGAGGAGCGGAAGCAGCAGGAGGAGCUCAUGAAGGCCUUCGAGACUCCCGAGGAGAAGCGGGCCCGGCGGCUGGCCAAGAAGGAGGCCAAGGAGAGGAAGAAGCGGGAGAAGAUGGGCUGGGGGGAGGAGUACAUGGGCUACACCAACACCGACAACCCCUUCGGCGACAACAAUCUCCUGGGCACCUUCAUCUGGAACAAGGCCCUGGAAAAGAAGGGGAUCAGCCACCUGGAGGAGAAGGAGCUGAAGGAGCGCAACAAGAGAAUCCAGGAGGAUAAUCGUCUAGAGCUGCAGAAGGUGAAGCAGCUGCGACUGGAGCGGGAGCGGGAGAAGGCCAUGCGGGAGCAGGAGCUGGAGAUGCUGCAGCGGGAGAAGGAGGCAGAGCACUUCAAGACGUGGGAGGAGCAGGAGGACAACUUCCACCUCCAGCAGGCCAAGCUGCGCUCCAAGAUCCGCAUCCGGGACGGGCGGGCCAAGCCCAUUGACCUGCUGGCCAAGUACAUCAGCGCCGAGGACGAUGACCUGGCUGUGGAGAUGCACGAGCCAUACACCUUCCUCAACGGCCUCACCGUAGCGGAUAUGGAGGACCUGCUGGAGGACAUCCAGGUGUACAUGGAGCUGGAGCAGGGCAAGAACGCAGACUUCUGGCGGGACAUGACCACCAUCACAGAGGAUGAGAUCGCCAAGCUGCGCAAGCUGGAAGCGUCGGGCAAGGGCCCAGGAGAGCGGCGAGAGGGGGUCAAUGCCUCGGUCAGCUCUGACGUGCAGUCGGUCUUCAAGGGGAAGACGUACAGCCAGCUGCAGGUCAUCUUCCAGGGCAUCGAGGGCAAAAUCCGGGCCGGGGGCCCCAACCUGGACAUGGGCUACUGGGAGAGCCUCCUGCAGCAGCUCCGUGCCCACAUGGCGCGCGCCAGGCUCCGAGAGCGCCACCAGGACGUGCUGCGUCAGAAGCUCUACAAGCUGAAGCAGGAGCAGGGCGUGGAGAGCGAGCCUCUGUUUCCCAUCCUCAAGCAGGAGCCCCCGUCCCCUGGCCACAGCCUGGAGCCUGAGGACCCGGCACCGACCCCGCCAGGACCCUCCUCGGAAGGCGGCUCUGCGGAGCCUGAGGCGGAAGGGGCGGCACCCGUGGAGGGUGAGGCGGACGGGGAGGCCGUGCUCAUGGAGGAGGACCUGAUCCAGCAGAGCCUGGAUGACUACGACGCCGGCAAGUACAGCCCCCGGCUGCUUACAGCGCACGAGCUGCCACUGGACGCCCACGUGCUGGAGCCCGACGAGGACCUGCAGCGCCUGCAGCUGUCCCGCCAGCAGCUCCAGGUCACAGGCGACGCCAGCGAGAGUGCGGAGGACAUCUUCUUCCGGCGGGCCAAGGAGGGCAUGGGCCAGGACGAGGCGCAGUUCAGCGUGGAGAUGCCGCUGACGGGCAAGGCCUACCUGUGGGCCGACAAGUACCGGCCCCGCAAGCCGCGCUUCUUCAACCGCGUGCACACGGGCUUCGAGUGGAACAAGUACAACCAGACGCACUACGACUUCGAUAACCCGCCGCCCAAGAUCGUGCAGGGCUACAAGUUCAACAUCUUCUACCCCGACCUCAUCGACAAGCGCUCCACGCCCGAGUACUUCCUGGAGGCGUGCCCCGACAACAAGGACUUCGCCACACUGCGCUUCCACGCUGGGCCGCCCUACGAGGACAUCGCCUUCAAGAUCGUCAACCGCGAGUGGGAGUACUCCCACCGGCACGGCUUCCGCUGCCAGUUCGCCAACGGCAUCUUCCAGCUCUGGUUCCACUUCAAGCGCUACCGCUACCGGCGGUGACGGCAGGGGCCUUCCUCCCACACCAUCUGCUGCCCCCCUCGGGGUCUGGUGGAGCCAGCAGCCUCCCCGGGCCGGGCGAGGGGCCCCGGGAGCUCAGGCUGGGCCUGCCGCUCCACCAGACUCAAUUUCCCCAGUGGGAAGGGGGUGCAGGGGGGCUCACCACAGAGCCUGCUGGGGACAGUCAGUGCAACAGGGUGCGGAACAGGGAGCGGCGCUCUCGAGGGGCAGGAAACCAAGUCCAGGGCGGCUGCAGGACUCACACCCCUGGCCCCUUCCCUGGCUGGCCUGGCUGGGCCUGCAGCACAGGGAUGUGGGCCCCUGCCGGGCACGGUCCAGGAGAGCCUGCUGAGGGGCGCCUGAGCUCUGGCUCCCCAGGUGGCCCCAGUGCUGGUGUGGGCCAGUGCCCCCCGGGUGGGCGAGGAAGACCCAUCACCAUCUGCCGUCGGGUCCAGGAGCCCGGGGGCGGGGGGGGGGGCUGAGAUGUUCUGUGGCUGCAGGAGCCUGGUCUCUGUGUGCGGCUGUGGCACGCCAUCUGGCCUGGGGGCCCCCCAUGUUGGGACAGCUAUGUCCCUGGAGAGCACCUCCCAGCCGGCUCAAAACUGGCCUCGGCGUCCGUGUGUGGCCUGAGCCCAGCGGGGCUGACAGGUGCAGUCACCACCCGGUCACACGCUGCCCCAGAAACGUUUCUUCUGACAUUUGGUUCCAGAGACGGUUCCUUCUGGCCUUAAGGGGGAUGACCCCCACCCCACCAAGGGCCACCUGCGGGCUCCCCCAACGGCCCCACCCACACGCCCUGUUCUGUCUGGAAAUGUUUUAGGUGGUUUCUCUACGAAGACUUUUUUUAGGUGGGGGAAAGAUCUUAUUUUCAUUUAAUUGGUCGACUCAUGAAGUUGCAUGUUUUUUUAAUAAACACUUUAUUUUAGAAUA